GUUUUCAUUGUCUAUUUUUGAGAACUGCGGCUACUAAACAAGACAAAAGUUGUGGUUUACGAGUCAUUUGCUGGUCCUCACUGGACCUCAGUCCUACUCACACGAUGCUAACUAAAUAUUAUUUUCAUUGUUCAAAAAUGAUGUCAUAAAGCUACUAACUGCAGCAUUUAUAACAAUUUCUACAUGCCAGGCCCAAGGUGUAUAUUAAAAAUAUUAGGGCCAGCAAUUUUCUGAAAUACGGCCAUGAAACAAAACUAAUAAAAUAUUGCACAACAUCAUGAAAUUUGUAAUUGGCAGUUUAUGAUAUCUUGUUAAUACCAGUUGAUACUAGACAUAACCACUUUUUGCAUUUUGUCUAAAAUCAAGCAAGAAAAGAGUACAUUACUUGAACUAUCAUUGAUGCGACCAUCCACUGGUGAACAUGCCAAGAAAACCAGAGCGUGGAAUCCUUGGAUACAAAAAGGAUCCGAAAAAUCAGAUAUUGUUUUCAUUUAAUGUUCGUACGGGUGAUGAGUGGCCAUCGGAUGAUUCAGAUGAUUCUGACUACGUCCCAGAUGAUGGGCUGUAUUGUGUGUCAGAUGGACAAGCCAUGAAACACAGUGUAAAUGCUGAGACAAAAAAGAAACAACUCCUUAUUAAGAAUAGAAAGCGCAAGAAAAAUGGCAGUACUGCUACGAAAUACAACGAAACAUCUGCAUCUAAGAAAAGCAAAUGUACAUCUCAGACUGAGUCUAUUGUGGCUGAGCAGCAUGAUAAUGUUCCACCUCUUCCUCCUGAAAUCUGGUUGAAGAUUUUUGGUUUUGUCGUCGACAGAAUAGGAGCAUUACCUUUUCUUUGCAGGGCUGCAAAGGUUUGUCAUAUGUGGCAUGAACUGUCCUGUCACCAUUCCCUGUGGCAGAAAGUGGAUUUGUCCUAUGGGUGGAUCAAAGCUCGGGAUCAAACCCUCCUAUGGCUGUGCAACAAUAGACUCUCACAGUGUAGAAGUAUCAACUUGACAUCUUGGAAGAAUGUUACCAGCUCUGCAAUUAAGCAAUUGGCUGAAAAGUGCCCUCUUUUGGAGAGUGUGAACCUGUCGUAUUGCAAGAAACUAAGUAGUGAGGCUGUGACCAUGUUGGUUGAUAGCUGUCCACAUCUAGCCGAGAUUGAUGUGUCGUUCACUUCACCAGAUGCUGUUUCUCCAAUGUGUCUAGGACAUCUUAUAGGCACUAUGAAUUCUCGCCUGCGACUGUUAAAUAUUGCAGGAAAUCAUUUCAAAGCCUUUGGCACCUUAGUCACCUAUUUAAUGACGUCUUGUUCUAAUCUGGAGCAUUUGGAUAUCUCCAAUGCCAACUUUUCUUCAGACUUUGUGUCACUCAAUAUUGAGAAAUUUCAAAUAGGCUGCAAGAAGCUGAAGGUGAUACGUUUUGCCAAUUCCAAAUUCAGAGCUACAAUACAGAGACAACAGAUGGAACCACACGGCUUCUCAGACUUGGAGCAGCUGAGUCUUGCUGUCAGUACUACGACAACGACUGGGUCGAACGUCGGGCUGGGAAUCGAUGAUAAUUUUAUUUCAAGGUUGUUAUUAACAUCAACACAGCUGCGACUGCUUGAUCUCCGGGGAUGUGGAAACGUCACGUGCGAGGGGCUUCUGCAUCUACCCAUCACCAACCUACAGCAGCUAUAUAUAUCUCAGAGUCCGAUCGCCAAGUCUAAUUGUUAUUCAGAUUUUGAACCAAUGAUCCAAAAGUGGCGACACAGUCUGAUAGAACUGGAUCUCUCCUGGAACAGUUACCCCGCAGAGAUUCUUCAUGCGGCACUCAAAGCUCUUGCUAUUGGCUGCAUUAAAUCUCCCUUGGAAUCGAUAAAUCUUGCUGGAACAUCUGUCAAGAUGAAGUCAGUCAAGUAUAUUCUUCAGAAUUGUCCCAGCUUGAACUCGAUAAAUCUUACCUCGUGUCGCGGUCUACCUCGAGGGAUAAAACGUGACUUUUCAGGAAAACAGUUCCUGCAGCUUCAACGUGACCAUAAAACAUGAUCGGAUGAAGACGAAUCAAAUGUUGUUAAUUAUUCAAAGCAGGCCAGGACAUUGUUUUGCUUCUGUAAGCAUCACAGUAAUUUGUGGAUAUACCGGUAAACAGGGCUCACCAAUUUUCAUAAAAAGUGGCUACAAAAUUUUAGUCUUUGGCUGAUAAAAUAUUCUUUAAAUUAGCCACUUUUGAAUAAUGUUAAAGAAAAUAUUCUAAGUAUUUGAAAAUGAGCUAAAACAAAACUUGUUCCAGUGCAAGGUCAGACAAUGUCUCAAGAAGUGGAUAGACAGAUGGUACAUGGAAGAGAACAGUUAACAAGUAAUGGAUGUUUAACACCACCAUAUUUUAAACUGCUGCUGCUAUUAUGUGUGGAGAUAUAAUGCUUUGGAUGGCUGAGUUGUUCUCAGGAAGAUUCUUUUAUAAUUAAUGCAUGUUAGUGUACUUUGAAAUACUGAUCAUUGUGUUUUGUAGACUUCAGAGAAAUCCAGCUAUAUCUUUUUAUAUGAAUUUUCUCACAGAUAGAACAGCACAUACCAUGACCUCUGAGAUCCCAGUUGUGUAGCCCUAGUUUGGCUCAAAUUAGUUUCAGUGUACAUAUAGCUUUGCUAUCAGUUUUGCUCUGUAUUUAUUCCAAUAAUUGUAAAAAAUCUUUGCUCUAAUGUCCAUGUUUUCAAUUGCUCCCCCUCCUCCCUAGGAAAAAUGCUGCAUCUGCCCAAGAUAUUUGGUUUAAAAGUAAAAAUAAACUUGCUGUUGCCACACAGGGUUUCAUGCACCACAGCUAUCUCUGGCACUUGUUACAUUAGCCAGUUCAAAUUUUAAAGUGACAGACCCUAGUUUUUAAACACUACAACAUAUUUUUCACUAUUAAAGACAUUUUUAAUCUUUUAAUUUAGAAGUACUUAAAUUUUAUUAUUUAGAAUGUUCAUUUUCGUACACCUAAAGUGGUUCUGAAAAUCUAGAUUUUUGUAAUGCCCUAAAAUGCAUUUUUAUUCAUUCUAAAAACGCAUGUUUGUCCGAGAAGUAAUGGUCACCGAGACAAGCUUGUUAUUUUUAGACAUUAUUUCCCCGUUUAAACAUCACAUAUUUUUGGCUUCUCUCUUUUAUAACUUUAUUCAAAUAUAUUGCAGGUUUGUAGAGUAGCUAAACGUAAGUGUCAAUUUUCAUGGACUGAAACUAAGGUCUGUGCCUUUAAGAACAAUUGGCAAAUUUUAUUUUUAUUUUGCAACAUAAUUACAUAUAAUAUUUGAUAUUCUGCUAGAAAAAUGGCUAGGUUUCUUCAAAUUUUGAAGUUUAAAAGAUAAUUAUGUGGAAUGUUCUCUUCACUUAAAGCUACAUGUAGUACUGUGUGCAGUCAUGGAGCAAUAACAGGAAUGGGGAAACUGUAGAUCCAUUUUGGUGGAUCAAUCCAAAAGCACCUUAAUUGAGCAAUUUCAUUUUUUUUACAUCUAGUCUCUUGAACAGUGACAGAGAAUUGAUUUGAGUCUCAAAAUUCAGAAGUAGCUGAGACCGUGCACAUCAAAUUAAAAAAAGAUGUGAAUAUUCCUAAAUCAGAAUAUAAUGGAGGGUCUGGGCUACCUUUCUGGACCAAUCUUGUAUUUUCUCAUAAAGUAGCCCAAUCAAUUGAGUACAUUUGUAUAUGAUGUGUGUUCUUUAGAUUAUAUGAUGCAUGUUCUUCAGAUUGUUUUCAUAUAGUGUGCUUACAGCACACCUGUUUAUAUUUAUAUUUUUGUGUGUUUUGAUUCUGACAGGCAGCGAAAUGCUUAUUAUUAGCUAAAACACAUUUUUAUAUUAAAGUUCCUUUUCCAGAAUAAACUCCUUAGGAAAUUUAUAUGAUCUAGGUUUAUAAUUUACAAUUUACAUCCAUUUCCAUGUACAAAUUUUAGACUUGUAAUUAAAAACUCUUAAUUUUUAUUUGCCCCUACCUGUCCCACAUUUUCCGGAUAUUUUUUGCAGAAGGCUUUGAGAUAUUGAGCUGAAAUUGUGUACGGUUACAAACCAAGUUUGACUUUCAUGACGAUUUACCCAUUUUUGACGGAGUUAUUGCCCUUGAACUUAGGAGAUGUGAAAAUUUGUUUUCAGGACUUUUGUUUUAGAAGACCUUUAGAUAUUGUGCUGAAAUUUUGUGUAUAGGUUUAUCACAUACUGUUACAGAUCAAGGUUGACUUUCAUGGCGAUUUACCCAUUUUUGACACAGUUAUGGCCCUUGAACUUAGGAGAUGUCAAAAUUUGUUUUCCA